CUGUCCGCGCCCCCGGUGCUGAAGCGACAUGGCCGGCGGCCGGGCCCCGGCGUGAGCCCCGAGCCCCGCGCCGCGCCCGCCGCGCUCCGGCCGCCCGGAGUCAUGUCUCUGCUGUGCGUUGGAGUCAAAAAAGCCAAGUUUGACGGUGCCCAAGAGAAGUUCAACACAUACGUGACCCUGAAGGUGCAGAACGUGAAGAGCACCACCAUUGCUGUGCGAGGCAGCCAGCCCAGCUGGGAGCAGGACUUCAUGUUUGAGAUCAACCGCCUGGAUCUGGGCCUGACGGUGGAGGUGUGGAACAAGGGUCUCAUCUGGGACACGAUGGUGGGCACUGUGUGGAUCCCGCUGCGGACCAUCCGCCAAUCCAGUGAAGAGGGCCCAGGAGAGUGGCUGACGCUGGACUCUCAGGCCAUCAUGGCAGACAGCGAGAUCUGUGGGACCAAGGACCCCACUUUCCACCGUAUCCUGCUAGACGCACAUUUUGAGCUGCCCUUGGACAUCCCUGAGGAGGAGGCUCGAUACUGGGCCAAGAAGCUGGAGCAGCUGAACGCCAUGCGUGACCAGGACGAGUACUCCUUCCAGGACCAGCCGGACAAGCCACUGCCCGUGCCCAGCAGCCAGUGUUGUAACUGGAACUACUUUGGCUGGGGAGAGCAGAAUGAGGACCCCGACAGUGCGGUGGAUGACCGGGACAGUGACUACCGCAGUGAGACGAGCAACAGCAUCCCGCCCCCCUACUACACGACGUCACAGCCCAACGCCUCUGUGCACCAGUACUCCGUGCGCCCACCGCCUCUUGGGUCCCGGGAGUCCUACAGCGACUCCAUGCACAGUUACGAGGAGUUCUCAGAGCCGCGGGCGCUCAGCCCCACAGGCAGCAGCCGCUAUGCGUCCUCUGGAGAGCUGAGCCAGGGAAGUUCACAGCUGAGUGAGGAUUUCGACCCGGAUGAGCACAGCCUGCAGGGCUCCGAGCUGGACGAUGAGAGGGACCGGGACUCCUACCACUCCUGUCACAGCUCUGUGAGCUACCACAAGGACUCGCCCCACUGGGACCAGGAUGAAGAAGAUUUGGAAGAUGAGGAGCUGCCUGAGGAGGAGGAGGGGGAGGGGGAGGAGGAGCUGGAGGAAGAGGAGGAGGAGCUGGAGGAGGAGCUGGAGGAGGAGGAGGAGGUCCCUGAUGACCUGGCUAGCUAUGCCCAGCAGGAGGACACCACUGUAGCUGAGCCCAAAGAGUUCAAGCGUAUCAGCUUCCCCCAGAAGGAUGACAAGGUCCCAGCGGUGCCCACAGAAGCCCCCGAUGUGGCCAAGGGCAUCCCCAAGCCAGCCACACCUGAAGAGAUGGCAGUCGCAGAGCGUGCCCAGGAAACGGAGCCCCCCAAGGCUGAAGAGAGUUUCAGGUCUCGAGAGGAGCAGGAAGGUCAGGAAGGUCAGGACACCAUGUCCAGGGCCAAAUCUAACUGGCUUCGAGCUUUCAACAAGGUGCGGAUGCAGCUGCAGGAGGCACGAGGAGAAGGAGAGUUGUCCAAGUCCCUGUGGUUCAAAGGCGGCCCAGGCGGUGGCCUUAUCAUCAUUGACAGUAUGCCGGACAUCAGGAAACGGAAGCCCAUUCCCCUCGUGAGCGACCUGGCUAUGUCACUGGUCCAGUCGCGGAAGGCGGGCAUCACCUCGGCCCUGGCCUCCAGCACGUUGAACAAUGAAGAGCUGAAAAACCACGUUUACAAGAAGACCCUGCAAGCCUUAAUCUACCCGAUCUCCUGCACCACACCGCACAACUUCGAGGUGUGGACGGCCACCACGCCCACCUACUGCUACGAGUGCGAGGGGCUGCUGUGGGGCAUCGCGCGGCAGGGCAUGCGCUGCACCGAGUGCGGCGUCAAGUGCCACGAGAAGUGCCAGGACCUGCUCAACGCCGACUGCUUGCAGCGGGCGGCGGAGAAGAGCUCCAAGCAUGGCGCGGAAGACCGCACGCAGAACAUCAUCAUGGUGCUGAAGGACCGAAUGAAGAUCCGUGAGCGCAACAAGCCCGAGAUCUUCGAGCUGAUCCAGGAGGUGUUCGCUGUCACCAAGAGUGCUCACACACAGCAGAUGAAGGCUGUCAAACAGAGUGUGCUCGACGGCACGUCCAAGUGGUCUGCCAAAAUCAGCAUCACGGUGGUCUGUGCCCAGGGCUUGCAGGCCAAGGACAAGACAGGGUCCAGUGAUCCUUAUGUCACCGUCCAGGUCGGGAAGACCAAGAAAAGGACAAAAACCAUCUAUGGAAACCUCAACCCAGUGUGGGAAGAAAAUUUCCAUUUUGAGUGCCACAACUCCUCUGACCGGAUCAAAGUGCGUGUCUGGGAUGAAGAUGAUGACAUCAAGUCCCGAGUGAAGCAGAGGUUUAAGAGGGAGUCCGACGACUUCCUAGGGCAGACGAUCAUCGAGGUGCGGACGCUCAGUGGCGAGAUGGACGUGUGGUACAAUUUGGACAAGAGGACAGACAAGUCUGCCGUGUCAGGCGCCAUUCGGCUUCAUAUCAGUGUGGAGAUCAAAGGGGAGGAGAAGGUGGCGCCAUACCAUGUCCAGUACACCUGUCUGCACGAGAACUUGUUCCACUUUGUGACGGACGUGCAGAACAAUGGUGUGGUGAAGAUCCCUGAUGCCAAGGGCGAUGACGCCUGGAAGGUGUACUAUGACGAAACAGCCCAGGAGAUUGUGGAUGAGUUUGCCAUGCGCUAUGGUGUGGAGUCCAUCUACCAGGCCAUGACCCAUUUUGCCUGCCUCUCCUCCAAGUACAUGUGCCCCGGGGUGCCUGCCGUCAUGAGUACCCUGCUUGCCAACAUCAACGCCUACUACGCACACACUACCGCCUCAACCAACGUAUCUGCCUCUGACCGCUUCGCCGCCUCCAACUUUGGGAAAGAGCGCUUUGUGAAACUUCUGGACCAGCUACACAACUCCUUGAGGAUCGACCUGUCCAUGUACCGGAACAACUUCCCAGCCAGCAGCCCCGAGCGGCUGCAGGACCUCAAGUCCACCGUGGACCUCCUCACCAGCAUCACCUUCUUCCGCAUGAAGGUUCAGGAACUGCAGAGCCCUCCACGUGCCAGCCAGGUGGUGAAGGACUGCGUGAAGGCGUGCCUCAACUCCACCUACGAGUACAUCUUCAACAACUGCCACGAGCUCUACGGCCGCGAGUACCAGACAGACCCGGCCAAGAAGGGGGAGGUCCCCCCGGAGGAGCAGGGUCCCAGCAUCAAGAACCUGGACUUCUGGUCCAAGCUCAUCACGCUCAUCGUGUCCAUCAUUGAGGAAGAUAAGAAUUCCUACACACCGUGCCUCAACCAGUUUCCUCAGGAGCUCAAUGUGGGAAAGAUCAGCGCUGAGGUCAUGUGGGGCCUGUUUGCCCAGGACAUGAAGUACGCCAUGGAGGAGCACGACAAGCACCGUCUUUGCAAGAGCGCUGACUACAUGAACCUGCACUUCAAGGUCAAGUGGCUCUACAACGAGUACGUGGCGGAGCUGCCCGCCUUCAAGGACCGAGUGCCCGAGUACCCCGCGUGGUUUGAGCCAUUUGUCAUCCAGUGGCUGGAUGAGAAUGAGGAGGUGUCCCGGGACUUCCUGCACGGUGCGCUGGAGCGAGACAAGAAGGAUGGGUUCCAGCAGACGUCAGAGCACGCCCUGUUCUCCUGUUCCGUGGUGGAUGUCUUCUCCCAGCUCAACCAGAGCUUCGAGAUCAUCAAAAAGCUGGAGUGUCCUGACCCCCAGAUCGUGGGCCACUACAUGCGCCGUUUUGCCAAGACCAUCAGCAACGUCCUUCUGCAGUACGCCGACAUUGUCUCCAAAGGCUUCGCCUCCUACUGCUCCAAGGAGAAAGAGAAAGUGCCCUGCAUCCUCAUGAACAACACGCAGCAGUUGCGGGUGCAACUGGAGAAGAUGUUUGAGGCGAUGGGGGGGGAAGGAGGAUCUUGCUCCCCUCAGCUGGACGCCGAGGCCAGUGGCACCCUGAAGGAGCUGCAGGUGAAACUCAACAGCGUCCUGGAUGAGCUCAGCCACGUGUUCGCCACCAGCUUUCAGCCGCACGUGGAAGAGUGUGUCAAGCAGAUGGGUGACAUCCUGAGCCAGGUGAAGGGCACGGGCAAUGUGCCCGCCAGUGCCUGCAGCAGUGUGGCCCAGGAUGCCGACAACGUGCUGCAGCCCAUCAUGGACCUGCUGGACAGCAACCUCACCCUGUUUGCCAAAAUCUGUGAGAAGACGGUUCUGAAGCGUGUGCUGAAGGAGCUGUGGAAGCUAGUGAUGAAUACCAUGGAGAAGACGAUCGUCCUGCCGCCACUCACAGACCAAACGAUGAUUGGUACCCUCUUGAGAAAACAUGGCAAGGGCCUAGAAAAGGGCAGGGUGAAACUGCCAAGCCACUCAGACGGAACACAAAUGAUCUUCAAUGCCGCCAAGGAGCUGGGCCAGCUGUCCAAACUUAAGGAUCACAUGGUACGCGAGGAAGCCAAGAGCCUGACCCCAAAGCAGUGCGCUGUGGUGGAACUUGCCCUGGACACCAUCAAGCAAUACUUCCACGCGGGCGGCGUGGGCCUCAAGAAGACCUUUCUGGAGAAGAGCCCGGACCUCCAGUCCCUGCGCUACGCCCUGUCGCUCUACACGCAGGCCACCGACCUGCUCAUCAAAACCUUCGUGCAGACACAGUCCGCGCAGGGCUCGGGUGUGGAAGACCCUGUAGGCGAAGUGUCUGUCCACGUGGAGCUGUUCACGCAUCCGGGAACCGGGGAACAGAAAGUCACAGUCAAGGUGGUGGCCGCUAACGACCUCAAGUGGCAGACUUCCGGCAUCUUCCGCCCGUUCAUCGAGGUCAACAUUGUUGGACCUCAGCUCAGCGACAAGAAACGCAAAUUCGCCACCAAAUCCAAAAACAACAGCUGGGCGCCCAAGUACAACGAGAGCUUCCAGUUCUCCCUGAGCGCAGACGCGGGCCCCGAGUGCUACGAGCUGCAGGUGUGCGUUAAGGACUACUGCUUCGCGCGCGAGGACCGCACGGUGGGGCUGGCGGUGCUGCAGCUGCGGGAGCUCGCCCAGCGCGGGAGCGCCGCGUGCUGGCUGCCGCUCGGCCGCCGCAUCCACAUGGACGACACCGGGCUCACAGUGCUGCGAAUCCUGUCGCAGCGCAGCAACGACGAGGUGGCCAAGGAGUUCGUCAAGCUCAAAUCCGACACGCGCUCAGUCGAGGAGGGCGGCGCCGCGCCUGCGCCCUAGCGCGAGUUCGGGCGGGGCGGGGCCCGGAAGCCGACGAGGCCCCGCCUCGUAGGCGCCACCCUCGCCACAGGCCACGCCCCUCCACCUCAGUGGCCUUGACUGGGGAGGCCCCGCCUACCGCCCCUGGAAAAGCCAUAGAGGGUCCGGUGCCCAGGGCUGCCUGGGAGGCCGGGACGCAGCCUUUAUGGCAUCUGUGCAAAAACUAGUUCGGGAUGGGCUCUCAAAAGCACAUGCGCCCUCGGGCGCACCCCUGGGGCUGAGGGCGCCCCUCCACGCGGACCCCGCCUCAGUGCAGCGUGCCCACUGGCAGCUGGCGACCCCCGCUCGUGCCACGCACGGUGGGCUGAGCGCCGACGGAUGCCCAGCCCCCAUCGCUGCUAAAUACCCUUCUUCCCCGACCCCCCCCCCAAGGGUCCCCGCUGAACCCUCAGGCUGCCAAAUGAGACCCUUGUCAGGCCCUUCCUCCUGGGACGUCAGUCCGAACCCACCUAGAACCUAGAGUCCCGUCAAGAAGAGGGGGUUUGGGGCUUCCCCAGAGCCGGCGCCCCCGCCCCCAUGUCCCUUCUCCAAAUCCAGGCAGGAAAGAAUGAGGCCAGGAGGUUGGAGGUUGGAGGCUGGGAGGGAGAAUAUGAGUGUCCCAUGCUUGUGGUGACAGAUGGAUGACCCUUUUCUGACUGGCUUGGAACGACAGCAUGUCCCCUGGAUUCAGGCACGAUCCGGGACAUUCAGAACCAAAGCGUAGGACGCAGGCUCCAUCCAGGGACAAGGGAGCUCAGCCGAAUGUUGUUCGUGGACUGCAGACCCGACGCUGGAAUUGGGCAGGGGGUGACUCACUCUAGGAGAUCAGACAUGGCUAACAGAGAGGUGUUCAGAGGAAAUUUCUAAAGUGCUAACAAGAAUGUGACAGAGCCAAGAUAGUUAUGGUAGUUAUGGAUCUCUCUCUCUCCCUCUCUCCCUCCCUCCCUCCCUCCCUCCCUCCCUCCGUGGGAGUUUGUUGAAUGAAUUGUUCUGAUUCCCAGGCUAGGACUGUUUGGAACUUCCUCUUUUAUUUACCUAUAGACCUCCUAUUCAUCUUUCAACAUCAAUCACAAAAAAUUCCCUCCUGAAGAAAAGCAAAACUGCAAGGACUUCCCCAGCUUCUUGCCCUUCUCUGACUUGGCCCUGAUGUCACAGACUGGGGUGUGUGUACCUGGCUCUGUGUCUCCUCAGGGGAACCCCAGCUCCCCCAGCAUCUGGAGGAAGGCCCUGCUGACUUGGAUUAUGUGCUGAGAGAGGCUGAGGGGUCUGCGUGUCCCCGCCCUGACAGACACCCCCGCGGCAGGUGUCCAGGCUGAGCCCCAGGACACAAUAGACAGAGAUGGAGCAGAGGUCAGACUGUGACUUCGGGACAGUCCCUGACAGCAGCGUCUGGGAAAGGAAGUUACUCCAGAGCUGUGGGUCCCGGCUCCUGAGUUCCUGUAUUAGAACAUGCUGGGGUACCGUUCCAGACUCCCCAGGUCAGGGGCCAUUGGAGAAGGGCUAGCCUGGCCUGCUGCAGGGAGUUCAUGAGGCUGGGGCAGCACUGAUAGAGGCAGAUGAGGGGGCGGGGAAGAGCAGCUGGAAAGAUCGGGUUCCAGGGUCACCAUCUAUGCCCUACCUAGAGCCCCUGCCCUGGGUUCCAUCCCCAGCACUGAGAAGCCGGAAAGGCCCUGCAGUUGCUCACCGAGUCUGGGAGGAGCCAGUACUUGAGGGGUACCCUCUGCACUUUGGUCCCUCUCAGGUCUCAAGGCCUGUCACCUCGCCUGCCCCAUCAGACAUGCAAAAAAAUCAAAUGCACCCACAACUCCUUGGGGCCUCUCGGCUGGGACCCAGGCCUAUGGGGUCCCAAGGGCAGCCCCUUGGGGGUGGGGCCGGGUCCGGUCCUGCCCCCAGCAUCUUUCAGGACCAAAGCUGGCUCUUUGCCUUUUAACGAGUGGAGUGGGUUGAUGCUGUUGGUGGUGCAGCUGACAGGGGGGCCCCCUGCACCCCAGAAGGUUCCCGACCCCAACCCCUGCCGUGCAGCCCAGGGAACCCCUCAACUAGCCCUUCUUAGCAUGUGACUGCAAACGUGGAAUCAAAGCGUGUCUCGUUUUCCUUUCCUGUCUUGGGGGAGGGAUUUUAGGCCCCGUUAGUCCAGCAUCUUCCCUCAUUCUCAGUCAUCUGUGACCUGGGACACCUGGGAGUGUCCACGAGUGCAUGGUGUUGAGAUGUUUUGCACUAUUCUGACUUUUUGGUCUCUGUAAAAAAUAUUUUAUUAAUAUUAAAAAGAAAAGCAGA